GACAACCAUCUACGCACUCGCAAGGAGGACGGAAGCAGCAGCGGUUCACACUCCCACAAGCCGCCGGAAGUCAGCUCUCCGGAUAUUCCGACGCGCGGAAAGCAAUGCCCUAUGGGAGAUGGAGUACAAGGACGAGCCCCGCCCCUGCCACUGGAGGAAAUGGCUACGGGCCCCGCCUUGCCGCCCCUCCUCACUCUCGCCCAAUCCCCGCGGCCGUCAGAGAGCCAACCAAUGUUUUUCUCGGCGUUUUCCCGCGAGAAGUGUUAGUAAUAUCCAGGAGCGGGAAGCGGAGAACCUCUGGGUGAGGCGUCGUUGUUUCUAGCUUGACGUCUUUUGCCGGAAGAGCACGGCUGGGGUUAGGAUUCUGCGCGGCGAGACAAGAUGCUCAAGUCCAAGACGUUCUUAAAAAAGACCCGGGCGGGCGGCGUGAUGAAGAUCGUGCGCGAGCAUUACCUGCGAGACGACAUAGGCUGCGGUGCGGCCGGGUGCACAGCGUGUGGCGGGGCGCACGAGGGGCCGGCCUUGGAGCCGCAGCCUCAGGACCCGGCAAGCAGCCUCUGCCCGCAGCCGCACUACUUGUUGCCUGACACUAACGUGUUACUCCACCAGAUUGAUGUUCUUGAGGACCCUGCCAUCAGGAAUGUAAUUGUGCUACAAACAGUUCUUCAAGAAGUGAGAAAUCGCAGUGCCCCCGUUUAUAAACGUAUCCGAGAUGUGACUAAUAACCAAGAGAAGCAUUUCUAUACUUUCACUAAUGAGCACCAUAGAGAAACCUAUGUAGAGCAAGAACAGGGAGAAAAUGCUAAUGACAGGAAUGAUAGAGCUAUUCGAGUAGCAGCAAAAUGGUACAAUGAACAUUUGAAGAAAAUGUCAGCAGACAACCAGCUGCAAGUUAUCUUCAUAACAAAUGACAGGAAAAACAAAGAGAAAGCUGUAGAAGAAGGAAUACCAGCUUUUACUUGUGAAGAAUAUGUAAAGAGCCUAACUGCUAACCCUGAACUCAUAGAUCGUCUUGCUUGUUUGUCUGAAGAAGGGAAUGAAAUAGAAAGUGGAAAAAUAAUAUUUUCAGAGCAUCUUCCCUUAAGUAAGCUACAGCAAGGCAUAAAAUCUGGUACAUACCUUCAAGGAACAUUUAGAGCCAGCAGGGAAAAUUACUUAGAAGCUACCGUGUGGAUUCAUGGCGACAAUGAAGAAAAUAAAGAGAUAAUCUUACAGGGACUUAAACAUUUAAACAGAGCUGUUCAUGAAGAUAUUGUGGCUGUGGAGCUUCUCCCAAAGAGUCAGUGGGUAGCACCGUCUUCUGUGGUUUUACAUGAUGAAGGUCAAAAUGAAGAUGAUGUGGAGAAAGAAGAAGAGAGAGAACAAAUGCUUAAGACUGCUGUAAGUGAGAAAAUGUUAAAGCCUACAGGUAGAGUUGUAGGAAUAAUAAAAAGGAAUUGGAGACCAUAUUGUGGCAUGCUUUCCAAGUCUGACAUUAAGGAGUCAAGAAGACAUCUCUUUACACCUGCUGAUAAGAGAAUCCCUCGAAUUCGCAUAGAAACCAGACAGGCUUCUACAUUAGAAGGACGGAGAAUUAUUGUUGCUAUUGAUGGUUGGCCCAGAAAUUCCAGAUACCCAAAUGGACACUUUGUGAAAAAUUUGGGCGAUGUUGGAGAGAAAGAGACUGAAACAGAAGUUUUGUUACUUGAACAUGAUGUUCCGCAUCAACCUUUUUCACAGGCUGUUCUUAGUUUUCUGCCAAAGAUGCCCUGGAGCAUUACUGAAAAGGACAUGAAAAACCGAGAAGACCUGAGGCAUCUGUGUAUUUGUAGUGUGGACCCACCAGGAUGUACUGAUAUAGAUGAUGCUCUGCAUUGUAGAGAACUUGAAAAUGGAAAUUUGGAGGUUGGUGUUCAUAUUGCUGAUGUGAGCCAUUUUAUUAGGCCAGGAAAUGCCUUGGAUCAAGAAUCAGCCAGAAGAGGAACAACUGUGUAUCUUUGUGAAAAGAGGAUUGACAUGGUUCCAGAGUUGCUUAGCUCUAAUUUGUGUUCCUUAAAGUGUGACGUUGACAGGCUGGCAUUUUCAUGUAUUUGGGAAAUGAAUCACAGUGCUGAAAUCUUAAAAACGAAGUUUACCAAAAGUGUUAUUAAUUCAAAGGCAUCUCUGACAUAUGCUGAAGCUCAGUUGAGAAUUGAUUCAGCAAAUAUGCGUGAUGAUAUCACCACUAGUCUCCGUGGACUGAAUAAACUAGCCAAAAUUCUGAAGAAAAAAAGGAUUGAAAAAGGGGCUUUGACUCUGUCUUCUCCUGAAGUUCGAUUCCACAUGGACAGUGAAACUCAUGAUCCUAUAGAUCUGCAGACCAAGGAACUUAGGGAAACAAAUUCCAUGGUUGAAGAAUUUAUGUUACUUGCCAAUAUCUCUGUUGCAAAAAAAAUUCAUGAGGAAUUUUCUGAACAUGCUCUGCUUCGAAAACAUCCUGCACCACCUCCAUCAAAUUAUGAAAUUCUUGUUAAGGCAGCCAAGUCGAGGAAUUUGGAAAUUAAGACUGAUACAGCCAAGUCUUUGGCUGAGUCUUUGGAUCGGGCCGAAUCUCCUACUUUUCCGUAUCUAAACACUCUGUUAAGAAUAUUAGCCACCCGCUGUAUGAUGCAAGCUGUGUACUUCUGUUCUGGAAUGGAUAAUGAUUUUCAUCACUAUGGCUUAGCAUCUCCAAUAUACACACAUUUUACUUCGCCCAUCAGAAGAUACGCAGAUGUCAUCGUUCAUCGGCUUUUGGCUGUGGCUAUUGGGGCUGACUGUACUUACCCAGAGUUGACAGACAAACACAAGCUUGCAGAUAUAUGUAAAAAUCUCAAUUACCGGCACAAAAUGGCUCAGUAUGCCCAGCGUGCAUCAGUGGCUUUUCAUACCCAGCUAUUUUUCAAAAGCAAAGGAAUAGUAAGUGAAGAAGCCUAUAUUUUAUUUGUAAGAAAGAAUGCUAUUGUGGUGUUAAUUCCAAAGUAUGGUUUAGAAGGGACAGUCUUUUUUGAAGAAAAGGACAAACCAAACCCACGGCUUAUUUAUGAUGAUGAGAUACCCUCACUUAAAAUAGAAGACACAGUGUUCCAUGUAUUUGAUAAAGUUAAAGUGAAAAUCAUGUUAGACUCAUCUAAUCUUCAGCAUCAGAAAAUCCGAAUGUCUCUGGUAGAACCACAGAUACCAGGAAUAAGCAUUCCUCCCGAUAAUAUUUCAAACAUGAACCUUAAUGGACCAGAGAAAAAGAAGAUGAAGUUUGAAAAAUAGCUACAUUCAAGAAGAGUCUUCAAAGACUGGUUUCCUUUUUAAAAGAAAAAACUUGAGAGAACACCUCUAAGCCUAAGUGUGUGAUACAGUUCGUUUCUUUUAAGUACAUUUUAAUAAUUUCAGACAUUUGCAUUUUUAUUGAACAGUUGACUGUAUCUAUCCCAUCAUACUACUUUAGUUCUGGAAUAGAAUUAUUUAUGCAGAAUAAUUCAAUUGAAUAUCCAUCAGUUAAAUACGGUGACAGGACAGCAACUUCAGGGAUCUGUAAAGAUCAUGUAAAUGGAGUGCUCAUCUGCCCAUGGAGGAGCAGAUUAAUUUUGUGUAAGUACUUUGAUUACUUAAUAUUGGUAGGAAAAAACUUUCAUUUUCCUACAGAGGAAAAUAGAACAAUUUUAGAAGCAAGGAACAAUCUCUUUCUAAGUCUUGAAAGCUGUCAGUGUUGAGGAUGUAAUCUCCUUUGUCAUCUUUAAUUUACCUAACUUACUAAGUGUUCUCUCACUCUCUUUAGACACUUCCUGUAUAUUAUUAGUGGUCCUUGAACAACUGUGAAUGUUUGGGAAUUGAUAGGAAGGCAAGAAGUAGGAUAUUUUGACCUGAAUGGAGAGAGGGUUGUAUUUUUAUUACCAGGUAUAAGUGUAAUCAUCAUUGUUGAACUUCAGUGCCAGUGUCUCUCCAUAAUAAGACAUUGGCAUUCAAAUGUCUAUAUCUUGUUACUUACAAAAUAAAAGACAGAUAAUUAAUGGCUUUUAAA